AUGGAUGGAUUUUUCGGCGAGGCUCCCGUCGCUGAUUCACUUCUUGAGGCAUUUGCAGCUUCAUUGCUAUCUCAACCUGCGCGAGAUGGUUGGUACCGCAAUGCCAUCAGUGCUUUGGACGGCGAUGGACCUGUUAUCGCAGGCGUCGUAUUGCAGCUACCUUCGUCAUCCGUUGGUGACAAGGGCAAAGCAAAGUUUGUGUGCGUGUCACUGGGCAGUGGCACACGAUGCGUUGGAUACAAGCCUUCUUUGUACUCCGCUGAGGCCGAUCCUUUAAUUCGGGAUGGCCACGCAGAGGUGAUGGCCCGACGUGGGUUUGUCGCCUUUUUAUUGGACGCGGCGCUGUAUCUCGCGCAAUCGGAAAUCAGACAACACCCCGUUGUGGCGCGUUGUCACUUGACUCGUAAGGGGUCAGAAGAAGCUAGCAGGGGUGAAGCACCGUGGCGCUGCUUUUGUCUACGUGAUGGUGUCACAGUUCAUCUGAUAUGCACGGAAUACCCUUGUGGGGCGAUGUCCAUUCCAGGUGGUGGAGGACGUGUUCUUCUCUCUACUCCUAGCGGUCAGUCGCUGUUUCCAUCCGCUAACAUAGAUUCGGCCCCAAAGGAGGAAGGUGUGCUCUCUUUUUCUUGUGACGCGACUGAAAGUGCCAUAGAUCAGACUAUAGUGGCUUAUGGUCAUGUUGUAGCUGCCCACCGCAGUCAUCCGGCCGAUGAGAUAUUGUUUGUGGGGCGUCUGAAGCCUGGUAAAGGCCACCAAAACCUUUGUAUGUCCUGUUCGGACAAACUUCUUAGAUGGCACUGUCUGGGUAUUCAGGGAAGACGACGAACGCGAUUAUUUCCAAAACCUAUGCGUCUUGCAAGUGUAUGGCUGCCACAGACGCAUGCUUUCACUCCUGAUGCCGCUGCCGACAAGGAUAUUACUCCGUCCAGGUCAUUCUCUCUAGAGACCGCACGGAAUGCUUUGAAUGACCGUAUUCACUAUUUCCACCCCAUGACGCUUUUCAAGGGAAGAAACAAAAUCCCAAAAGAGGCGUCUCAGCUGUUUCAUAACGUGCCGGUUCCCUCUCCUGUUAGUUUUCAUGGGUUUACACCGUCAUUUCUUCAGUCGCUACUCACCAAAGGUGCCGCCUCUGUGGAUUCACGGGGAAAAAAGGAUUACGAUGGGGAAGGGAACAAUGGAAGAAGUGACUCUGGUUGGUCGCGGAGCGCGUGGCUCAAGAUGAUACUUGGAGGGACAAGUGACUCCCGUUACAUCGCAGGGACAAAGAGGCAAAGAGAGGCCAACACCUCAGAAGGGAGCAUUCAUGCGUUUAGUUGGAGGGAGGGUGGUGUCGCUGUUCUAAAUACUAAGGCUGGGCUGCCCCGUGGUGUCACAAAACAGGUUGCAGAGCGCACUGUUCAUCAGUUACCAAAACUACAGUUAGCAUUAUUAGCAGGAGAUGGAGACCACAGUUGCACAACAAACGAUGCAGCGCUGGAAGUUGGGGCGGAGCAGUUUCCACUUUCACGACUAUGGAUGGCUCAUCAGCAGAGGAGAGUUUUGCGCUGCUUGAAACAGCAGCAAAACGAUAUGUCUUUAGAGUCUUUUUUCGUUGUGCCUAAAGACAACGCUCAAAGGCAUGAUGGUGAUAUGACCAUAAAUUCCUUUUCCUUGCCGGUAGUUCUUUUUCCUGUCGAACGCGUGGAGGAUGAGGAGGCUGUUGUGGCGGGGGGAUCUGCACGCUAUUGGCUGCGACGAGCGCGCCAAUGCAGGAAGGCUAUGGUGCGUACAGGGAGCAGUGAAAGGGAUGUAUCGGGCUACAUCCCGCUUUUGUGGGUGGAGAAGGGAGCUUCUGUUUAA